ACAUAACCCAUGAUCUGAAGACGUAAGGGGCGCUGUCUUAAUUUUGAUAUGACAUUAGUUUUAUUUUGUUGUGAUGUAACCGGCCGGGUGUUGUUGGAAUUCGUGGACUCGACCGGCCUGUCGUACGUUGGACCAGAUUUCCGUGUCAGUGUGUGUGGCUUGUUGGCGAAUCAAACGUACAUCGAAAACUCGCUGUGUGACAAUGGCGAUUGCAUCGAGGCCCAGUCCAGCACACCGUUUAAUGUUAUAUCAUGGGCCUGGCUCAACACUUCGUCUGACUCUAAACCUGAAAGUCAAAGUUGUUCCAACUUUCAUGACUGUUGUGUACAUAAUUGUAACGUUCAUCUCAGCUUGCGAUCAGAGUUCUGCCAACGGCAUAGAUGUUUCCCCUGCUUACUCGUUAUGGGGGAAUAACAAGUUCACCGACCGCUACUCUGUCAAGUAUAGUGAUAUAGCCAUAUUGCAUGGAUCCCCUAGAAACAAGCGACAAUCAACACAAGGAACGACGUCUCGCCCAAUGAUUAUAAAUGAGAGAGAAAGUCAUCAGUACUACAGUUCAUCUUAUAUCUCUGGAGACCCCAAGUACUACAUUGACUUGGAAACAGAAGAAUCCUUCACUGUGAUUCCUCAUUGGAAACUCUCUGAUAGCCACCUAACUGCAGCUGUAGUAAACCUGCCUUUCACCUUUACAUUCUAUGGCCACAAUGUAACAAAAGCCUAUAUAGCCACAGGCGGCUUCAUAUACUUGGGUACUGUUUUUCAUGAGUUGAUAGCUGCAACACAGUAUGUGGCUCCACUGAUGGGUAACUUUGAUCCAAGUAUUAAUGAUUCUGCCAUCAUACGAUACGCCAAUAAUGGUACUGCAUUUACUGUGGAAUGGAAUGGUGUUCAUGUGCAACAUAAUAUUGAAGCGGGGAGUUUUACUUUUCAAACCACCCUCAUGAAAGAUGGACGUAUUAUAUUCGCCUAUAAACAUAUCCCUACCUCCCCACUGGCUAUUGAUGGAGGUAAUGGCCACAAAGUAACAGUUGGAGUGUCUGAUGGAUUCUACAUUGAAGAUACAACAAACUUGGUACGUUACAUCUACCGCUACCAUGUGGUUGAGCUUGCCAAAGAGCUUGUGAUAGACAAGAGUGCUUUUAUCCUGACACCAUUGCCAACUUGUAAUCAGCAAAGUGGAUCAUGUGAAAUGUGUCUGGGGAAUAAAUUGGCUGACUUUGACUGUGGUUGGUGCAGUGCCUUGAAUACGUGCUCAUCAGGAUUUGAUCGGAAUAGACAAGAAUGGAUAGAUGCUGGUUGUGAUCAGGAGAAACAUACAGAUGUUGCUCAUUGCCCCACAGGUAUUUCUGCAGGCUCAGUGAUUGGUGGCAUUGUUGGAGCCUUGGGGAUCAUUUUGGUCUGUGGAUUUCUAUUGUGGAUUAUCUAUGGCUACACUCAUCCAACAUCCAGGUCUGGUCUUGCUCUCAUUGAAUUUCGUCAUUUUUUCAAGAAAGAUUCCACCCGCAAUGUAUCGGAUGAAGAUCGUUAUGCUGUAACUAUCAGUGGAGAUAUCCAAGGUAAUUCUGAAGCCAAUGGUAAUGCAGACAGGAUGGAUAAUGAGCCACUGGCUGAUGGAUCAACAGGUAAUUUGUCUGCAGGAAAAGUAGCAGAGUUCUCAACAUCAGUUGUAUCAAGUGACGUCCAGUCCAUGCAAGCCAUUUCAUCGGCCACAGAGAAAGCCUAGAUUGGACUUAGAAAUUGAAGGUAAUCAUAUGAGGUUGGAGUCAAGGAUGCCAGGAGUCCUGGAGGGGAAAACAAAAUGGGGAAAUAAUAUUCCCACCACAAACUUAAUUCCAAGAUUUAGAAUUACUCCAAUUCAGUGGUUCAGUUUCCUUUUCUUGAAUUUCUCCCAUCUUAAUGUUGUGUUUUAUUUAUGCGCAGUGGUAAAGUAUUGCUGUCAAGGUGCUAGGCACACCCUGAGGCUGUCAACCUGUCAUGGCAGCGCCGUCCCCCAAAAUCCUGACUUACAUAACUCACAGGGUAGUGGUUUAAUGCGUAAGGCUAAGGCAUUCAAUCACAGUUUCAUGCAGUUGUACAACACCUGCAUAAAUCCCCGUCAUCUGAUUGGUGGAUUGUUGAUUACAUGGCAUUGAAUUAUUUGUACCAACACACAGCUGGCGCACGACGCUCUCGUGACGUGCAUGCAGAUUGCAAAAAAUUGAUAACAACUGUGCAUUUGAAACUAAUAACCAACACCUCCGGAUGGAUUCACUGCAGCUUCUAGUGGUGCAAGUUUCUUUAUGGCAAACAUGGCAAGCAAUCAAGCUCUGCCGUUCACAAUUCUACAAAAUAAUUAUAAGAAUUUGCUUUUGUAAGUAAUGCUGAUGCUGCCAACAUAAGGAAACAGAUAAAAAUGCUGCCAAAUAUUUAGAUGAUGGAUUCGCAACUGGACAACUUCCAGUUUGAAUCAGUUAAUUAAUUAAUCCAGCUGUACUCAGAAAAAUCAAAAGAUGAGAAUUUAUACAGGUGUUGUAUAAAACAAAUGAUGAAUGUUUCGCAUUUGUGCAGUGGUAAGAAUAAUUGCAUUUGGAGACAGAUGAAAUGGCCUAUUCCACUUAGCUUCGCCUUGUGGAUUACAAAGUUUCAUCUGUCACCUCAUGCAAUUCUUACCUUUGCACUCAUAAACAUUCAUCAUUUGUAUAUUUUCACCAGGCCUCGACAAAUCACCUCAGCUAGCCCGGGGCAAUCAAAUUUUCAUUCGGGCAAUUAUAAUUCGGACUAGCUGUACCUGUUCGGGCAAGUCCAGAAAAGCUUACCUCCAUUAGUAAACCAAUUGCUUUAUGUGCGAAAGUUUAACUUUGAAGAUCAAUUAUUAUUCCAAUGUGAUAAAGAAUAACAAAAAAUUCCAGUUGUGUUUCAGUCCUAAGUGCCAACUUCACCCCACAUUGCCCCAUGCAUAUGUAUGACAUUCCAAUAACCACAGCUGCCACCAAUGUUAACACCAUUUUCUCUCAGCUGAUCGGGGUUUCCGACUGACCCUAAUUUUUUGGUGUGACCCUAACAUUUUUAUCAGCAA